AUGAAUUCUAGUUGUUUAAUAUAUAAUGAUUGUUGUUUAUUAUCGAAUAUAUGUUGGAAUUCACAACGAAUUUCUUAUCUUUUUGCACGUCGAUUUAGAAGUAACUCUAGUUGGACAAGUUUUGAUUUUAAAUUCUUCCUUCCUGAACAACCAUCAAAUAAUACAAAGAUUUCUCGAUCAUUAUUAAAGUUUUAUUCUCUUAAAAUGAAUUUAUCUAUUAAUGAUGCUGAAAAUAUGUCAUCGGAUGAUUUAGAUGAUAAUCUUGAAGAAGUAUCAUCACCAAAAGCACCUUGUAAUAGUAAUGAUGAUAAUCAUCUUGAUAAACUUGCUGAAUGGGAACCUGGAAAAUUUCUACCAACAAUUGAAAGUGACGAUGAUGAAGAAGAAGUUAAAGAUAAUAAUAAAAUAAUUGCUAAUGAAAAUACUCAUACUGAUUCUAUGAAUUUAUCAACUGAAAUAUCAUCAAGCCAAGUCGAAGAUCUAUUUAUUACAUAUAUUAAUCGUCCGGUGAAAAAUGAACCGAUGGUAUAUGAUAAUAAUGAUUUCUUAUUUCCACAAUUAGAUGGUCUAACAGAUUUCUCAUGUGAUACUAUCAUAGAUCAAACAGAGCGAAAUAGUAAAAGUCAAAAUUUAAAUAAGAUUAUUACUAAAAUCAAAUCAAAAUCAAUCGAAAUAAAUCAAAAUAGAAAAAUGAAAAAAAAUAUCUCAGCACAAUCUAAAUCAAUCAAUUCAUGUCAUACAAAUAAAACAAAACGAUUGAAUAACGAAUUUCAUCAAUCAUUACGAAUAAAACAACCUUCAUCGAAGAAAAAAAGAAAAAGAUCAACAAAAGAACACGCUGGUAAAACUCUUGAAGACUAUGGUUUCAAAGUUAUUAAACGUCCAUUAAAUAAUAAUGAUAAUCAACAAAAGAAUCAAAUGAAAUCAUCGAGAAAACGAUCUGAAAACUAUUUCAAUGAAUGUAUUAUAUUUGAUGAUGACGAUGAUGAUGAUAUAAAAGAAAUUGAACAACAAAGUUAUUCAAUUCCAAGUAAUAUUCAUACUCGUGAAAAACUUCUUGAUCAUACAAUUCAUUCAUCAACAAUGCGAACAAAAUGGUUACAUAAUCUUGGAUUACUUUUACUUGAACAUAUUUCCAUAUGUCAUCAAAAAAAUAUUCGUCCAUCAAAUAGUUUAUAUUUAAAUUCUCUUAUUAAAUGCGAACCUAUGGAUAAUCCAUCAUUAUCAUAUUAUAUAGACCCAUCGUUGAUUUCAAUAAUAAUUGAAAAUUUCUUGAAAAUGUUUAUUAUAAGAAAUUCUUCUGAUAGUGAAAAAGAAUUUUCAUUCUAUCAAUUUGGUUUUACAGCAUAUUUACGUUAUUUAUUGAUUGAAUUACCAACAUACAAUCAUAUUUAUGAAAUUAACUGUUCUCAAUGUGAUAAAUAUUCUUCAAUUUUAAUUAUAUUAUUUGAUUUAUUAUUCGAUUUAAUUGAAUAUGAUAUAUGUAAAAUAACAAAUAAAGAAAUACAUCGUUCAUCAUUGAUAGAAGAUGAUUAUUUUAAUAAAUUAAUUAUGAAGAAAUCGAAUAAAUUUGAUCGUAUUAAAUUAAUUAUUUAUUUUAUUGAAUUAAUUGAAAUACAUAGAAAUAAAUGUCAAAAUAAAAAAGUAUUUAAUUUUCAUAAGAACGAAAAUAUAAUUUUUCAAUGGAUUGAAGGUUUUAUUCGAUAUAUUAUUUAUCAUCAAGAAAAUAAUUUAAUUAAUGAAAAACUUUCGAUUUGUUUCAAUGUUAUGGAAUUAUGUAUUUUAUUUGUUAAUGAAAAAGAAAAUCGUAUAAGACAAAUGGCAUUGUUUCUGACAAAAUUAUGUGAAGAAAAUUCAACAUAUUUGAAUUUUAUUUUAUUCAAUAAAGAUUUAUUAAUUGAUAUUCGUUUAUUAUUAAUAAAUGAAUUAAUUUCGAAUAAAUUUGAUAUUAAAUUGUUCUCAAUCAAUGAUAUCGAAAACCUUUUUCAUCAUAUUCAAAUGACAUUAACAUCACCAAAUUCAAUUGAUGAAAUGUCAUUAUUAUUAAUUCGAAGCCUGUUCGAUACCUAUGCUGAUUUUAUGAUUGAUAUGAAGAAUUCGAAUUUUGUAUAUUCUACUUAUUCCGAACAAAUUACAUCAAUAUUACGUACUCAACUUGAAACAAUUCAUUUAACUUUAGCGAAUAUUUCGCAUGAUUCAAAUGAUUCUCAACAGAUCGAACGCAUGGUGAUACUUUUUCGUUUAUUAAAAUAUAAAUGGAAGAAAUUAUAG